UGGUGGUCGUGCAAGUGUGUGUUGUGUGUUCGUUCGGUGAUAUUCGUCAUCCCCCAUCGCCCGUUAUCUCCACAACCCCCUCCACAACCCCGUGACCCUAAAAAUAGUAUCCGCUUCGGGGUAUCCGAGCAGGUAGCAGCUCUAUCGACCGAGCGACCGAGGGCUCCAAAAUCGUCAUCAUCAUCGUCAACCUCGACCUUUGCCUUGCCUUUCUCGUUCACCUUGCCAUCACUCAUCACUCAAAGCUUGCGAUAUCCUGGAGAUCCAAGUGUCUGCACCUUGAACUCGAAUACCAUAUACCCGAAAGUAAAUCUAUACCUGCAACCUGAUACCACAAACUUACAAUCAUGGGUAUCCGCGAUCACAUCCUCUCACAACCGCCUUCGUUCGCCAAGAAGAAGGAAUACACCCUCGAAGGCACUCUAGGAACAGGCUCUUUCGGAAAAGUAGUCCGGGCGACCUGGCACAAGGCUCCUCCUCCUGGCGAUCCCACCCGAUCCGUCGCUCUCAAGGUCAUCCCCAAGAAACUCGUCAGGGGGGAAGAGAAGAGCGUUUUCGACGAGAUUCAGGUGUUGAGAGGGUUGGACCACGAGGGGAUCGUCAAGUGUUAUGACCACUUCGAGAGUCGGGACAAGUUCUACCUAGUCUUCGAACUCGCAGUCGGCGGAGAACUCUUCGAGCGACUCACCUCGCAGGGCAAGUUUACGGAAAAGGACGCCGUCGAGGUCGUCAGCGAGAUCCUCGCGGCCGUCCAGUACUUGCACAAACACGACAUCGUCCACCGAGAUCUCAAACCGGAGAACAUCUUGUACAGGACGAGAGAACCUCAUAGUUCGAUCGUCAUUGCCGAUUUCGGAGUAGCAAGGCACUUGAACGCCGAUGAUGAUUACCUGGAUACCGCCGCCGGCAGCUUUGGGUACGCGGCACCUGAAGUGAUCGUAGGAAAGCCUCAUGGGAAACCUUGCGACAUGUGGAGUCUUGGGGUCAUCACGUACGUCUUGCUCUGUGGAUACCAGCCUUUCAGGUCGGACGACCCGAACGAGGUCGCCAAGGAGACGAUGAGGGGCAAGAUCGAAUUCCACGAGAGGUAUUGGAAGAACGUUAGCGAGGAAGCCAAGGACUUUAUCAAAGAGUUGAUCGUGCUUGAUCCGGCGCAAAGGUUGACGGCCGACGCCGCUUUCCAGCACCCUUGGCUCAGCGGAAGCGUCGCCGCCGAGCACAACAUCGCCGACAACCUCAAGCUCAACUACGUCCCUUCACACAUGUCCCAAGCCCGAUCCAAGACCAAAGGGGCCUUCCCGGCCGCUCCCGAUCGAGGCCCAUUGCCUUCGUCGGAAUCGUACGUCUCGACCGACUCGGACGGCUUUGCGACCCAUCCGCCUACGCCGCAAGGUGGUGUUACGCCCGGGUACGAUUCUCCUGCCACCCCUGCUAUGGAGAGGUCAAUGCAGGAGAUGACUUUGAACGAGGCGAACGAUUCGAGAUCAAACACUGGUCCGUCGCCUGGGCUAGAUGGCGAGGGUGAGAGUACCGGAGGUGGGGCCAGGAUCAUGAGGACGGACGCGCCUCAUCAUAGGAUCGAGUCGAUGAGACCCUGAUCGCAGUGAAGGCCCAAGGGUCUGUUUUCAAUCUCUUGUUCGCUCGUUUUUUGUCUGUAUCCCGAGUCUUGCAAGCUGUAUUACAAUCGCCAAGGCCCAUUACCCAGACUAAUUUAGGUGCUGUUGAUAAUUUCAAGGAUAGAAGGAAUGAGAAUCACAGCCGAAGAAUGCUCGUCGACCGGCAGAAAUGUAUCUACCAGCGAGAUGAACAUGCUAUCGGGCGAAAUUUUGGUCUGC